AUGAUCGUUUUCUUCCGGUCCGCUUUUCACCUUGCUCGGUCCGACCGCAUCACUGUACUCCGUCUUCUGUACGACCGCCUGCUGCUAGCUAGCAAUCAGGAUGUAUGGACCGCUUAUAGGGUCAUGAGCAUUAUCCUCAAGUCCUUCUGUGUCGUACCGGAGCACCAGGAUGUCUGUACCACAGGAGAAUUCGUCAGGUCUACUAGAGUAUCGCCAGUCAGCCCUAACUUAACUGGACGUCCGCCCUCCUUGAUGACCCCCGGUUAUAGAUGGAUGUCAGGUCUUUUGGGUAGCAACGGGAUGCGUGAUUUCGUCACCAGGCUCGCUGCACAGACAUUCCUGAGCUCCAUCUAUCAUCUGCUACUACUCACUGUACGGGAUACAAUUACACUAGCGAUGAAGCACAACGUUGCAACCUUCGACGCCUACGUUGAAGAACACGGGGACGACGGCCGAAAACCCGCGAAUAAUGGUGACGCUGCCUUCGUCUACAUUCGUCCACUUUUUUUACCAUGUUCUCCCAUGAUGCAUGCCUCUGAGGCUCUGGACAGACUCGAAGCAUCCCGAGCGGACAGCAAACAAAACAGUCCAGAUGAACACCAGACUUUCGCUACACCAUGUCUCCAGGACACUCUCCGAUGGACCAACCGCGGGUUGAUAUGGCACUCGGAGCUUCGGCAGAGAUCUGGCCAUGCAAAACGGGCCCAUCGCCCCGCUCCAGCCUCGAGUCAAAUGGCCGUUGAGGACCAGCUGUAUAUUUAUUAUUAUUAUUCAGGAACAGAGCGUGCUAUGGAUGCUCGAGACCACAAGGAGCAAGUGAAGUACGAACAGACUACGGACGAUCCACCGGCGAUCCACCGUUCGGUGACGUCGGUCGCAAAUGUGGCUUGCUUAGAUUAG